UCACUGCGAGUUCACCCUCUAUGUUAAUCAUAUAGUAAUGGGUUAAAAUUAAAGGGCAAUUUUUAAACCUUUAUUAAUUUUUGACCGCUUUCACCCAGUUUUUAAAUAAGUGCAUCAAUAAUUCAUCAGUUUAUUUGAUUAAUUAUUUACAAAAAGACUGAAUAGUCGUAAAUUACGGAAACAAGGUUCUCAAACAUGAAAGAGAAUGAUAAAGAAAAAAUGAAACCGGAAUUAAAUUUACAACGUCUAUGUAUGCUGAAGAUAGCGACCAGUAUUUGGAAUAAAGACGAAACUAAGCAGCAAAUUGCCGUAUUUUUUGAUAACUUUUUCCCCUCCAAUGAUGAUUGUCUUUUAUAUGAAAAUUGGAAUCAACAAUUGACGAGCAAUUUAUUGGCAUUUCUUCAUAAUUGCCCAUUAUCAUUGAGUUCAAGGGCAAAUUUAAAGAAUACUAUUACAAUCACUGGCUUGCAAAUUUGUCAUUGGAAGAAAUUUGUUGUCAACAUUUUGGAAUUGAAUAUUGACGAGAGCUCUGACAUAUUUUGGACUAAUUACGGGACAAUUGAUAAGAAAAAAAUUUUUCUCCACUGGCACGAUAAAAGACAAUUAAAAUAUUCUAAACUCUUUAAUAUUGCCUGUAUUCUUUGUUUUGAAGACUAUAUUCCAAAUUUAUGGGAAAAAAUACCCGAGGACGAGAGAUUCAAUCAAUUUUACAUGGAGACAAUUUAUACGUCAUCCGAAUAUAAUGUGAUAGCGUAUUGGAAAAAUUUAUUGCAAGUCGACAGUAAAAAGCGUUAUACAAUUGGUAUUCAAAAUGAAAAUUUGAAAAAAAAAUUUUCUUGGUAUCAAUUUUGCAAUAAUAGUCAAAGUAUUGAGGAGACAAUGUUUCGUAUUUCAAUGAUGGAAUGUCUCGAGAUGGCUGUUAAAUAUUUUUGGGAAAAAUUGAGUGAUGAUGAGAGAAAAACAAGCGUUCGAACAUUAAUUAAAACUAAUUAUUCGAUAAGAGAUGAAACGGAAUUUGCGAGAAUUUUAUUUUUUCUCUCGACAAAAUUAAGUCGCGAACGAUCUGAAGAAUAUUUUUUGGUACAAUCAAUACUCAUGAAAAAUUAUUCUGUACAGGAUUUUUUUUAUGCAAGUGUUGGAUCGUGUUUUUCUAUUCUUUGAUGAUUUUUCCUUCUUGUUACGAUCAGAAAUAAUAAUUGUGAUCUGGUGUGAUUUUAAAAAAAAAAAUAUCAAACGACUACCUCCGAUGUCAGUAGAUUCUUUAUGUGAUUUAUUUACGUGUACAUAAAUAUGAAGGUAAAAAUAGAGAUAAAAAUGGCCGUGAUAAGAUUAUUGUUGAUUGUUUAUGAAAGUCUUUUAAGAAAUAAUUUAAAUACCUAAUGGAAAUAUAACAGAUUUUUUUCGUGUAAAUUAUUUAUUAUACAAGAGAAUAUUUAAAUUUUAUAAGAAUUACAUUUUUUUAAGAAAGAAAUAUUACAGUUUGCCAAAGUAAAGAAAAUAUUUUUUAUAAAAGAAAUAUUUAUUUCGCCUAAAAGAAAAAGAAUUUUGCUUUUAAUUUUACUUCUUUUUUUGAAUAAUAAGACUGAAACACAGUAAGUUUUACUUUUUUUUUAUAUAUAUUUUUAUCUUUUUGAUAAGUAAUACAAAUAGACCUUAAAGAAACAAUAAAAAGACCUUAUUUUACAAUUUAUGAAUCGAUAGUUUAUAAUUAACUAAUUUUAUAAAUCAGAUGCAUUAUUAAUUGAAAAAAAUGAAUUAAAUUGUAGGAAAAAUAUUUUUUUUAAGUAUUAAUGAGAAAUAUUUAAUUUGAAUUUAAUCUUCAAUCUGAUAAUGUAAAUUGGAUUUUUCUACAUUUCAAAAGCUAAAUAUUAAGUCUUUCAAAAAAUGUAUAUUUCAUUGCAUUAGCUAGUUACUUUGUUUCAAAGAUAAUUAGCUAAUAGGCGAUUCAGUUUAAUGUAUCUAUCCAAAUAAUUAUCGAUAAAUUUCAUUAGUUUUAAAUGUAGAAGACUGUAUAAUGAAAUGGUAAUUGAGAUAAAGCUUCUCAGAAAUUAUCUUAAAAUAUAAAAAUGAAGAAACCUUUAGAAAUAAAUGACUUAUUGUCUUUAGUGUAUUAAUUAAAGUAAAGGUCAUUUUCAUAUGAGUUUUAUUUGUCAAGGAAAUUUUUAUAUUUUAAGAAAAUAUAUACAUGAACUAUAUUUCAAAAACAUAUUUUUGUAAACUAUUGAAUGUUAUACAUAUGGAUAAUAAUUUAUAUAAGACUAUUUUUGAAAAAAAUGUAAA